AUUUGCCCCUUUAUUUUGGUUAUGGGUUUUGUGAGUUUCUGUGGUUGGGUUUUGUUGUCAAUGCAAAAUGGGGUGUUGAGUUUUGUUGAAAUUUUUAAUCCCUUGUUUUUUUUCUUCUUUUGAUAUGCAUAAAGUUUUCUCCUUUUUGUAAUUUGAUUGAACUUUGUUCAUCUUUUUCCUAACCUAAUUGAAUUUUGAAUGGAAUUUCAGAAGAAUAUCCCCUUUCAGUUUGUGGGCAUUAGAGAUGUCAAAUAUGAUUAAUUUGUGAAUUUGUUGUUUUGAUUGAUCGGCCAUUGUUUCAAUCGUUUGAGUUCAUAAUUUCUCCAUGGUUUUUCUGGUUUUUGGACUCUAGGUUUUCUAUAUGGCAUUUGAAUUGUGGGUUUCAACUCUGAAUGUUUGAUUGUUUCACCCUUGUUUUGCUUUCUGAACCUUGUAUAAUCUUUGCAGAAUGGUGGUUGUUUCAGUUUUUUUUUUUGUGUCCACCAUUUUGAAAUCCCAUUUUCCUUGUUUCCCCCAAUUUGUAUUUUUAUUUGAGCAUUGUGAAAAUAAUGGCAGGGUGUGUAUUUUUUUAAACUGCCUUCAUUGCAUUUAUCAUUUAAUUUCAUUGCAAGUGUUCAAUACAUGCAAUGAGUGCAGUGCAGGUGGUGUUUAAAAGUGAUUGUAUGAGCUCCUAGGUCGAAAGUUCGAUACUAGGAGCCACGUUCUUAGCCUUCAUGACUCCCGGGUUGGAAUUGUGAAAGCGAUUCCCCUGAUUUACAUCAGGGCACCCCCGCAGCACUCAGCAUGUCAAGACUCAGGUGUGUUUUACGGGGAUUGGACUUCAAGACUUAUUUAUUCCUAUUCGUGGUUGUCCCGGUAUGCACAUUCGUUGUCUAUUUGCACGGCCAGAAAAUCUCAUACUUCCUAAGACCACUGUGGGAAUCUCCUCCAAAGGCAUUCCAUGAAAUCCCUCACUAUUAUCAUGAGAAUGUGUCGAUGGAGACUCUCUGCAAGCUUCACGGGUGGGGGAUUCGUGAAUCGCCGAGACGCGUCUUCGAUGCUGUUUUGUUCAGCAAUGAAGUCGACAUGCUUACUAUCCGCUGGAACGAGAUGCGUCCUUAUGUGAAUCAGUAUGUACUCCUUGAAUCAAACUCAACAUUUACAGGAUUCGUCAAGCCAUUGAUUUUUGCAAGCAACAGGGACAAGUUCAAGUUUGUCGAGCCCCGACUGACCUACGGGACGAUUGGAGGGAGAUUUAGGAGAAAGGACAACCCUUUCAUUGAGGAGGCAUAUCAAAGAGUCGCCCUGGAUCGGCUUCUGAGAAUAGCAGGCAUUGAAGAUGAUGAUCUCUUGAUAAUGUCUGAUGUUGAUGAGAUCCCUAGUGCUCACACAAUCAAUCUAUUGAGGUGGUGUGAUGAUAUCCCUCCAAUUCUUCAUCUUCAACUGAGGAACUACUUAUACUCUUUCGAGUUCUUUCUUGACAACAAGAGUUGGAGAGCAUCAAUUCAUAGAUAUCAAUCUGGCAAGACUCGGUACGCACACUACAAGCAGGGUGAUCUACUGUUGUCGGAUUCCGGCUGGCACUGUAGCUUCUGUUUCCGCCACAUCAGUGAAUUCAUAUUCAAGAUGAAAGCUUACAGCCACUACGAUCGGGUGCGGUUCCCGCAUUACCUGAACCCGGACCGGAUACAAGAUGUUAUAUGCAAAGGGUCUGACUUAUUUGACAUGCUUCCGGAAGAGUAUACAUUUAGGGAGAUCAUUGGGAAAUUAGGACCUAUUCCUCAUUCUUAUUCAGCAGUGCAUCUUCCAGCUUAUUUGUUGAACAAUGCUGAUAGAUACAAGUUCUUGUUGCCUGGUAACUGCAGAAGAGAAAGUGGCUGACUUUGAAUGUAGCUGUUUGGUAAGUGACAUUGUAUAUUGCAUCAGAAGGAGCUCUAUGGAAUGAUUUAUAGGUCAUUCUCAGGAGUCAGUAUUCAGAGAAGACUGAUAAAAGGUUUUGACAUUUGACAGGAACCUCUGUAAAUCCAAUUUCAAAUACUCUGGGGUUUUUAACCCUGCAUGAUUGAGGCAUGUGAGUUUCUCAAGUGAGGAGUGUGAGGGAAAAAUAGUGGUUUUAUUUAUGGCCUUUGGGCAAGGUUUUUGUAUCUUCUCAUGGGGUUUGCAUGAACCCCUAACUUGCCUAAUGGUAGCAUGACAUUUCCCAAGCUCUUCUUCUAGCGAGAAUUUGAAUUUCAUGGAUUUAAGUUAUACAUGUAUUCUAACCAUUUUGGAUGGUCACUGAUUCAGGUUUAAUUUAAUUUCCUUCUGAA